AUGGACAUGUACGAGGAAAGGCCGCCGGAAAUUUUUACCGGCGGCUACUUCGAUCAGGCCAAUAUCGUGAACCAGACCGAAGGCCUCCAAGACUUCAGGCGGCGGCAGGAGGGACACCUCAUCAUCGCAGAUGACCGGCCCUUGCUUGUGAUGUCCUUCGGGCUGAAGUACCAGGGUCCAAACCCAUCGAAGUACAAGAUAGAGGGCAAGUACGACAUUCCCGUCGGCUUCAAGGUCAUCAUCAAGUGGGAAGAAGAUGAGAUCGUCUUCAUGACCCGCCAGGGAACCUUUGGGCCAGAGUUUCAGAUUGUCUACCUGCCGCAGAGUCCGACUCCAGAGGACUUCACAGUCUUUGAGUGGAACGCCAACAUUGCAGAGAUCUGGGACCAGUUCCUCACCGUCAUCGAGGGCAAGGAAGAUCGAGACAUGAGGCUGUUCAACCAAGGACCCUGGAGGACUUUCGGCGUUACAAGGGACGAGGUUCAGAUGGCAUUGAAGCAGGGCACUGAUCAAAAAACCAUCGUGGAUGGUAUUCUCUACUGUGCAGAUGGCAUUGAGCCGGACCUACAGGAACACAUGAGAUAUUUGGGUGUGGACCCUGCCACAGACGAGAACAUCCUUUGGAUUUUCACUGCGUUCAAGGAAGAGCCCUUGCCUCCGAGCUCCGCACAAUACGUGAAGGAUGGCAUGGUCUACUGGGUGGAUGAGCGCACCAGCGAAGCUACCUGGAAGCAUCCCCACUACGACAAGUUCCGGAAGAUGCUGCAGGUCGCACGAAACCAGAAGCCAGUGCCGCACUGGAAGUCCAUUAUGGAGUUCAGGAUAGAGUUUCUUCUAUCCAACAUCUUCACAUGGGAGGCUGAGGCUUCUGGUGAGUACCCUCUCGUGGAGACCGUUGACAAUGUCAUUGAAAUGGCUCGAAUAUUUGGUGUCGAUAUCAAAAAUGAGCCGUACCUGGUACAUGUGUUGAAACGUGCCUUGCGGCAUUAUGGAAAUUGCGUCAAAGAGAAGCGCAAAGUCAAGGAUGUUGAGGACUUCCGGAACCUCAUGCACCGUUACAGAGAUUUGGUCAGCCAGUAUGAGCAAGCAAUGAGCAUAGAAGAGAAAAGGGUCGCAAAGAUGAAGAUCUGCGUCCAGUGUGACGAGCGGGACGCCGUGCUCUUCUGCGAUCAGUGCAAAGACUUCUUCUGCCAGGGCUGCUUUGACAGACUGCACAGCAGAGGCCGAAGGCAAAACCACAGACGCACGUGGGUUGAAAUGGGCAUGUGCGCAGAAUGUGUGGAAAGCAUCGCACUCUUCCACUGCGUGCAGUGUGCUGACUUGUACUGCAGAGAUUGUUUCCAGGAGUGGCACGUGCGUGGUGGACGAAGGAAUCAUAUUCCCAUCAUCCUCAGAUCUUUCAAUUCGCAGACGCACCAGCUCCCAGAAGCCACACCUGCUAUGGGCACUGGAGCUGCUCAAAUCCUGGCCAAGGCAAGGAGUCCCUGGGUAGAGUUCAUCGAUGAGAACAACGUGAAGCUCUACUACAACAUCCUCACAACUGAGUCCAGGAGAGACAAGCCUCUCGCUGUGAUUAACGAGCCAAUCGAGGACAACAAGGGUGGAGGGAUGAGCGCGGGCUGGUCUGGGACAUGGGGUGCCAACAUGUUUCCAGAUCCACUCAGUCGAACUCAGCCAAGUGCACCUCAAAUGGAGACGGCCUUUUGA